CCCGGAAGUGAUUGUUACAUGCUUUCACAUCAAAAAAAUCCCAUAUGCCGGACAACUAUUACGUUAGAGUUGUGAAACAUACUUGUAAGGUUUAAAAAUAGAAAAUUGUUGACAAAAUGACCAAACCAAAAAAUAAAGGAAAGAGUAAAGACGUUGAGAGUGACUCUGAGCCAGAGGUCGAGACAAGUGAAGCUUCAGAGAACAAACCAGCUAGCAAACCCGCUAAAAAAGAGAAAAAGAAGAACAAGAAAAAGGAUGAUGAUUGGGAAGACGAUAUUGCUAACGAGAUCGCAUCAAUGUCACUCGAGGUUAACAAAGGUCAGAAGGUCGAAGCUGAAGAGGAAGUUGCGGCCCCUUUGAAGAAAAAAGAAAAGAAAAAGAAAAAGAAGCAGGUAGAUAGUGAUGAGGAGGAAGAAGCUGUUGCCAUGGAAACAUCAGCGGGGCGGAGUAAACCUAAGGCCACAUUUGAUAUGCUUAUGAUGGACGACGAAGAUGAUGCCAAGUCUGAAAGCGAACACAGCGAGCAAGAAGAAGAAAUAAAGCAAGAACUAACAAAACAACAGAAAAAGAAAGACAAGAAGGCUAAAGGUAAAGACAAAAAGAAAACUGCUGAAGAAGAAGACGUAGAUGCUCUUCUUGCUGAAUUAGAAAAACCAAAAGAAACUAAGAAAUCUAAAAAGCAAAAGAAGAAAGCAAAAGAAGAAGAAAUGGAGGCUGAUGAAGCAAAAGACGGUGAAGAGACGGAAGUUAAGGUUACCGAAGUGGAAAAGGUGGAACCAAAGGUGGUAACGAUAGAUGACCUAGACGAUGAUGAUGAAGAUGAUAAGAAGAAAAAGAAAAAGGAGAAGAAGACUAAAGAUGAUGGUGGUGAGGCAGAGGUUGGGGAAGGAGAGGAGGAAGAUGGCGGGACGGUGAAGUCAGCGGCACAGAAGAAGAAAGAGAAAAAGGAAAGGGAGAGAUUGAAGAAACUGGAGCAGAAAAAGAAGCAGGCAGCAAAGAAAGAAAAGGAAGGCGUCAAGGGAGACAAGGAGGAAACACCGGAACCUGGGGAGGCACAGAGGGAGGACGGGGAAAAAGAAGGUGAGGUGGAGGAAGCAGAGGAAGAGAGUGGGAAGAAGAAGAAAAAGAAGAAGGGUGUGAAAGAGAAGGAGGAGAAGCCCAAGAAGAGCAAUGCUAGGAUAGAGGCUAUGAGGGAGGUCCUGCGACUUCAAAAGGAGGAAGAAGAACGACACCAGCGUGAAGAAGAGGAGAGAAUAAGACGAGAGGAGGAGGCCAUACGCCUGGCAGAGGAGAAGAAACGGUUAGAUGAAGAGAAGAAGCAGAAGAAGAAAGAGAAGGAGAAGGCUCGCAAGGAGCGGCUGAAGGCAGAAGGCAAACUGCUGUCAGACAAGGAGAAGCAGGAUCGGGCCCGGCUACAGCAGAUGUUGGCCAUGAGGGAGGCUCAGGGCCUCGAAAUUCCUCAGAAGGAUGACAUGAAGAAGAAAAGGCCUGUAUAUGACACAAAGAAAAAGAAGAAGACUCAGCCUAAACCAGAAGAGAGUAGCCAAGAGCAGACAACUCCAUCCCCUGAAGACACUCCAGCCCAGACCCCAGUGUCAGAGGAGGCCCCGCAACCUCCCUCACCAACAAUGGAGACGCCAGAGGCCCCACCUGAAGUACUGGAGGAGGCAGCAGAUGUGAAGGAUGACUGGGCUGCAAGCUCGGAUGAGGAGGAAGAAGAGGAGAAGGAUUCUACGCCAGAACCAGCCAAGGUGGAGGUGAAAGUUCAAGACAAACCAAAACCAAAAUCAGUCCCUGCUGCUGCUGUUGAGGAGGAGGAGGAUUCUAGUGAGGGCGAGAGUGACGAUGAGGAUGAAGAUGACGAUGAUGAUGCGUCUGAUGAUGACUUUGAUAGCGAAGAGGAGGCACUCAUGGGGGAGGAAAGGGCCAAGAUGAAAAUUAAGAGACAACAUGAGAAAUGUGAGGCUGCUAGAAAUGAUGAGAAUCUGCGAGCACCAGUAGUUUGUGUGUUGGGUCACGUUGACACGGGAAAAACCAAGAUCCUUGAUAAGUUGCGUCGUACGAAUGUCCAGGAUGGAGAGGCGGGUGGUAUAACACAGCAGAUUGGUGCUACAAAUGUUCCCAAACAGGCCAUUCUUGAUAAAACUUCCAUGUGUAAAGAGUUUCAGAAGAAGGAAUUAAAGUUACCUGGACUACUCAUUAUUGAUACGCCCGGCCACGAAUCCUUCAGCAACCUGCGUUCACGAGGCUCCUCCCUCUGCGAUAUUGCCAUCCUUGUCAUCGACAUCAUGCACGGCAUAGAACCUCAGACCAUAGAGUCCAUAAACCUGCUCAAGAAAAGGAAAACUCCAUUCAUUGUUGCUCUCAAUAAGAUCGAUCGAUUGUACCAGUGGAAGCCAAACCCGAACAGUGAUGUCGUGAACGUGAUCAAGAAACAACAACAGAUGGCCAAGCAGGAGUUCGAUGAACGAUCACAGUUUGUAGUUACACAGCUUGCCGAACAGGGCCUGAACGCAGCAUUAUUCUACGAGAACAAGAAUCCAAAGGAGUAUAUAUCUCUGGUGCCGACGUCCGCUCACUCCGGGGACGGGAUGGGCAAUCUUCUCGCGCUUAUAUGUGACCUUUGUCAGAAAUGGCUAGCCAAGAAAAUCUCCUUCAGUGAAGAGCUUCACUCAACAGUCAUGGAGGUGAAGGCCAUCCAUGGUCUAGGUACGACCAUCGAUGUGAUCCUGGUGCAGGGGCGCCUGCAUGAGGGUGACCAAAUCAUCAUUGCGGGGACGGAGGGGCCCAUCGUUACUCAGAUUAGGGGCCUGCUGAUGCCCCAACCUAUGCGGGAACUUAGAGUCAAGGGCCAGUAUGAGCACUUUAAGGAGAUACAGGCUGCUCAGGGGGUGAAGAUUAUCGGCAAGGACCUGGAGAAGGCACUUGCCGGACUCCCGCUCUACGUCGCACAUGAUGAAGAUGAGGUCGAAUACUACAAGCAUGAGAUAGCAACUGCACUGAAGGAAGUUCUCAACUCGAUCAAGCUGUCCGAGCGUGGCGUGUUCGUCCAGGCAUCGACUCUUGGCUCGUUGGAGGCACUGCUUGAGUUUCUUAGAACGUCUAAAAUUCCUUAUGCUGGCAUUAAUAUCGGUCCAGUGCAUAAAAAGGACAUUAUGAAAGCCUCCAUAAUGUUGGAACAUGAUGAUCAAUGGGCUGUGAUUCUUGCAUUUGAUGUCAAAGUGGAACGAGAAGCUCAGGAAAUGGCCGACAGCUUAGGAGUGCAUAUAUUCACUGCAGACAUUAUUUAUCAUUUACAAGACAAAUUCUUAAAACAUAGAGAGGACCUUAAAAAGCGAAAACAGGAAGAAUUUAAGCAUAUAGCAGUGUUUCCAUGCAAGUUGCGUAUAUUACCACAGUUCAUAUUUAAUUCAAGAGACCCUAUAGUGAUGGGUGUGUCUGUCGAAGCGGGCAUAUUGAAACCAGGCACUCCAAUAUGUGUUCCCAGUAAAGAAUUUGUAUUUCUGGGGCAGGUCUCCAGUAUCGAGAUCAACAACAAGCCAGUCGACUCAGCCCGUCGUGGACAGGAAGUGUGCAUCAAAAUUGAGAAUGUUCCAGGAGAUACGCCAAAACUCUUUGGCCGACACUUUGACGACACAGAUAUGCUGAUGAGCAGGAUCUCACGAGAUUCAAUAGAUGCGGUGAAGAACUAUUUCCGAGAUGACAUGACGAAACAGGAUUGGGGACUCAUGGUGGAACUGAAGAAACUCUUCCAGAUCUUGUAGCACCUCAACCAUCUGCGCUGCACCACAACCAUCUGUCCUGCACCACAACCAUUAGCAACUCCUGACAUGUUUGUGCUGCAGGACUGUCAUCCUAUUAGUCAACAACCUCGCUCCCCUCGCUGAUAUGUACAGCCACACAGCUAGAUUCACUGCCCCCAGCCCUAGCUUGGGUCUGUUUAAAGCGUGUCAGAAAACAGCGAUGAUGUCUGUAAUUAUAAACCAACCUUAAAAAGUGCUAUAUUGUGGUCACCCUUAACGGUCAGGCAGACACAUAAAAGAAUUAAAAGGUUACGGUAAACUAUGAACUAAAGCCAUAAACUACACAUUUUGCCUUUUUGUGAACUACUGCAGAAUGUUUAUUGACUAAAAAGCAUGUUAAUGGUAAUUUUUGUACUCCUGAUAGUAUUUAGAAUUAGUGUGUUGCUUACAUUUUCAUUAAGGUAAAAUAAAUAUCAUAAAAUAAUUAAAAAAAAAUUAACUCGUGCUUCACUUUCCAGUAAUUAUCAUUUUCAAAUUACAUAAAAACAGGGUUUUAGCUAAGAUUUAUGGAAGGGUGCUGCCCGCUGUCCUUUUUUUGGUCGCAUCCUUCUGUUCCCAUAGAGACGGACCAGCAUGGGCAACAUUCUGCCUGGAACAAAUAGUUGAAUCUAAUAAAAAAAAAAAAAGAUCUUUUGAUUAAAAGCUAUUCAUAUCACUUUGAAAGGGCUAAAACUGGACAUAUGUCACUUCACUAUUUUUUGCUUUUUUUUGUUUAGCAAUUUUUUUUAUCAUUAUAUGAAGACAUUUAGGUUGUGUAAGAAGCAGCCACUGGCUAUGCUGAUGCAGAAGUCAAUGUUAUACCUCUCUGAUAUGAAUGUUCAGGUGCAGUGGUUUUGAUUAGUAAUUUUUUAUUGUCUGUAUGUAUUUGUAUUUGGUCUGUUGAAUAUGUCAUCAACAAUAAAUCCUCAUUAUUUUGUUGAAGUAUAUAAGUUGGGCAUUGGCCGUGUCUCUCUGGUAUUAAGGAAGACUAGGGUGAUAUUAAAUAACAUUUUUCUUUAUUUGUUUGCUUUACUAAUCUGUUCCGUCAAGCAAAAAUAUAUGCCAGCUUUUUUGGUGUUUGUGCUAAUGUCUCUUCAACAGCAAGUUGUGCAUCAACAAACUACUUUAUAAACCAAGAAGUUAAAGUAAUUUACAACAAAUAUUGUAACUUUGGCAGUCAAUUUCAUGGAAAGCUUAAAAAAUUAAUAAUCUGUGGUGGAGACAUUAGCGCAAACACUAAUAUCAUUUUCUGGAUGGCAAUAAUUUAAUGUUUUAUUACUUCUUUUUGGCAAAAACAUAGUAUUUGCUUAUCCACAAUCUGUGUAAUAAAAUCCUGGGGGUGUGAAUCUUUUUUCUAAACUGGUCAAUUUGACUUUGUACACAUUUUUAAAGCUGAACUGUAUGUAAAAGUGCAGAACAUAAAUAAUCAUGACUUUUUGAUUGACAGCAUCUGUUGCCAGGAGUUUGGGUUGAUUAUUUGUGAAAAUGGCCUUGACAUUAGUCACAAACCUCCGAUACUUGAAGAUAAAAUGAUUACUGACAAGCUCCCAUAUCUUUCAAACUGCCACUUUUAGACAAACACUAUCAACAUUUUGAUAUCAAACAUCCAUUAGUGACAGAAACAUUAAUUUAAAGCAAAUUUCAUUUGUGCUGAUUCCUUUUAAAAAUAAUAUUUUGAUAUAAAAAAUUGUUAGCAUUAAUGAUUGUUGUAAUUUGUAUUUAAUUAUUUCAAUAGAAAAGCUUUUCGAUGAAUGAAAAAGUAAACGUGAUUGUUGAUUGGUACAAGACUGGCAAUUAUACACAAAAAUGUGCCACCAUUUUAGUUUCCUCAAAUUAUUUGUUGCAUCAAAAUCAGGAUUUGUAGCAUUCACCCUGUUUGACAAUAUUUAUCUUCUAGGGAAAUUCCAACCGUGAUGAAUUGACCUAACCACCCCGAUACCUCAGUGGUAGAGCAUUCGUUUCGGGUGGGGAUGGUCGGGGGUUCAAAUCCUGGCCGGGUCAAACCAAAAGGCGUCACAGCAGGGUCAAACCAUAAUGCAGUCAAUGGGCACGGGCAGACCUUGAUAAAUUUAAAGAAAAUAAGCAAUUACCCUUAAGGGCAAAUUUUACCCAAUGUGUGGAAUUUGGGUAUGGGAAAUUCAUGGGUAUUUCAUGCCAUAUAAAGUCUGAUUUCCCCGUGGGAGUAUUAAAAUUUUUACAGGGUUUUUUCAUUUAAUAUUCUACAUAUUAAUAGGAAGAAUAUUAUUAUAAAUGAAUUCUUUAUUUUAUUAAAUCUUGUUGAAAUUCCUUGGCCAAAUAUUAUCUAGACAUUCAGACUGUUGUUGUGCAAGAUAUAAGUUAACUAAUAAACAAGCCCAUGGAAUUGAUUCCAAAAGAAAUUAGCAACUGAUAUGUUUGAAUGCAAUGCUUAGAUUUUAGCUGUUUCCUUUUUUUCCUGUUUUGCUAUUUGGCGUCCUUUGAGGUUCAUAUUUGAGAGAUGAAACCUACCAUACUCUGUAAUAUGCAUUUUGAAAACAUGCUUGAUUCUUUUAAUGUUAAAACAAAAAUUUAACAGUUAAACAUACAUGAACAGUUUAAGCCUAGUUUUCUAACAGACAGUGAUUAAAUGGGAGUACACAGGACUUGGAUAUUAGUUUCUUGAUUAUGUUACUUUAUAGAAAAAUAAUAGUAUAACAAAAAAAUAUCACAAGUUGUUUAUAAAAGCUUUAGCAAUAGGAUUUAUGUUUUCCAAUGGAAAACAAUUGUUUAAUAAGAAAGAAGUUCAGUUUUUUUAAUUGCCAUAUUAACACAUUCAAAUAUUACCCUAAAACCUGGUAGGUAGACUAUCCCCUAGGGGCAAAUGUUGGACAUAUAAAUGAGGUAAAAGUUAACAUAUUUUGCUAAUGUUAUUUCUUUGCAGAGGAUGUGCAUACAAGUAGAUCAAGGUUUGUUUUCAUGUCAUGGAAGUUGUAAAAUACAUUCAUCGGUAUCAUCUCACUCGUGAUAUAUUUCAUGAUGAUAUGCAUUUAUUGUAAGGAUGCAGGACUUUUCAAAACGUUAAGCCAUCUAUGUAUGCUUUGCAUUAGGAGUGAUGAAGCUUUGUUUGGUAUAAGAAAUGUUUGCCAUGCCAUAAUUUCCAGUCUCUAUAUUAUUUUGGUGCAUUGCCAUUUGUGGUAUUAUAUUUAUGUUUGUUAUAAUAUCUGAAAUGUGAAAAAGUCAUAAUGUAAAUAGACAAGACCUCCUGAAAGGAGGGUGAAUCUGGUGGUAUGAUCAUGAAUUAUGUACAAAAUAAAGAAGAA